AAUUAAUUCCAAGCAUGAGGGAGUGAGUUUUGGCGCUUACACAGUUUCAGUCCAGUCUCCAGCUGCAGCGUGGUUGAACUAGGAGCAGCAGACAGUAGUAACUAACUAGUAAUAAUGGGAGAAGAAGAAGAAGAGGUGGAAGUGCAAUCCCAACCCGAUGAUGUACCUAAUUCCAACGAAGUCGAAGAGUACUACUCGUGGCCCGUGCUUCGUUUCGAUGUCCCUCCUCAUAGAACCUAUCACUUCCACCGCCAGUUCACUACUCCCACUAACCCUAACAAUUUCCUCAAGGCCGUUAAAUGGUCCCCCGAUGGCUCCUCUUUCCUCACCUCUUCCGAAGACAACACUCUCCGCCUCUUCACACUACCCGCCGCUGAUACCGUCAUUCCUCUUAAUAAUGCUUCCGACGAACAAGAUUCUUAUGCUGCGAGUCUAGUCAUGAGUGAAGGAGAGUCUAUACAUGAUUUCUGUUGGUAUCCUUACAUGUCUGCAUCAGAUCCGGUGACCAAUGUUUUUGCCACAACUACUCGCGACCAUCCCAUACAUCUAUGGGAUGCUACAUCAGGCCAGUUACGCUGCACAUAUCGGGCAUAUGAUGCUAUGGACGAAAUUACUGCUGCUUUUUCUGUCGCUUUUAAUCCUGCUGGAACUAAGAUAUUUGCCGGAUACAACAAAUGUAUUAGGAUGUUUGAUUUGCAUCGCCCUGGUAGAGAUUUUGAAUUGCAUUCAACUGUAAAAGAUAAAAAAGAAGGCCAGACGGGUAUUAUAUCUGCAUUGGCUUUUUCUCCAUCUCAUACUGGCAUGCUAGCUAUGGGCUCUUAUAGUCAAACUACUGCUAUUUAUAGGGAAGAUAACAUGGAGCUUUUGUAUGUUUUGCAUGGUCAAGAAGGAGGAGUCACACAUGUCCAGUUUUCCAGAGAUGGUAAUUAUUUAUAUACCGGAGGUCGGAAGGAUCCUUAUAUACUAUGUUGGGAUGUGCGCAAAGCUGUCGAUUGUGUCUACAAGUUAUACAGAUCUGCGGAAAACACCAAUCAGAGGAUACUGUUUGAUAUAGACCCUUCUGGACAGCAUCUUGGUACUGGUGGCCAGGAUGGUUCCGUCCAUAUAUAUGAUCUUCAAACUGGGCAGUGGGUGUCAAGUUUUGAGGCUGCAUUAGAUACGGUUAACGGCUUCUCUUUCCAUCCGUUUCUGCCCCAUGCUGUGUCUUCCUCAGGCCAUCGUAGAUUUGUAAUUCCAGAUGAUAGCAAUGAAGAUUUGUGUUUAAGGGGUCGUGAAAACUGUGUCUCUGUUUGGAGUUUCUAUUAUGAUUCAAAGAUGGAUGACUUCAAGGACGAUGGCAGUUUCAAUAAUCAGGCUGGAAAUGGAUCCUUUGACUAAAGUUCUUUAAUGUUUUUGCAGUCACCUUGUACGAGUCCUGUAAAACAAUGUUUCAUUUUAAUGCAGCUGAUGAUCAAAAUGGGUCAUUGUCUAGUUGUUCAUUGUUUGACAACAAGCUGAUCUAAGUUUUGCAUAUAUGAUAUAAUUCAUUCUUGUAAAUUUCUAAGUGGAGAAUGGACUGUGAAGUUCAGCUCGUCAGUUUGUUGGGUGAUAUUUGCCGCUCUUCUUUAUGGGGAAUGCA